AUGCCUUCCCGGCAUCAUCACCUUGGCCGGCAUGGCUCGCAUUCCAACCGGCGGCACAUCAUACCCUUCGGCCAUCCCUACCAGUGCACUCCGGUGCUCACGGCCAUCUUCGACGUCAACCCCUCACCGUCCCACUCGCAAGUCGCCGACAUCAUGCAGCAGACCGGCCUGAAGCGGAAACAAAUUACCAGUUGGUUUUGGCGCAAGCGCAAAGAGUUGCUCGAACAGGACCAGGAAACCGGCUCACCCCUCCCAUCCUCCUCGCCAGCUCUCCACCAAGCCAUCUCCAGGCCCUCCUCUAUCCCUCAAGCUCGGCACGGUAGACACGAGCACGACGAAGAGUAUCAUCCACCCAGCUCUCAUCAGAUCAAACAAUCAUCUCACGAUCGUCUCAUCCAUCCCAACAUUUCCAGAGCCAAGCCCGGCCACAGGGUCAAGCCAAAUUUACCCUCCGGGGACGGCCAGAACUUGAGCAGCUCCAAUCCAUCUUCCUCCACCAUCCCACCGGCCUCUCCCACCUCUGCCCCGCAGAGACCACCCCUCUUGAUUCGCUGCAGGCUCCGCCCACUGGCCGAGCGCGUUGUCCACAGAACUCUUGACCGGGAAGAAGAUCAGAGCAGCGAGUCCAACAGGAGUGGAUUCCUGGCUGGCUCCCCCUUGGCACUUGGAGCUAGUCCGGGUUAUUCAUCAGAUCUCAAAACCUGCUUUGGGCCACAGGCAACGGAUCUUUCAGCUUCACACCAGCCGGACGACGUUCCCAGUUACAUUUCAGCAAACAAGCAAUCGACAUCUGGAUCUGUCCUCUCUGCAACCGUUUGCCACAAUCAGCGCCCGGCUGACCAAAUUAUCUGCGGUCCUAGUGCGCCAUCUGCACCCCGCCUGGCCACAGACCCCCAAACCGCAUCCCCCAAACAGAGGCAAAAUGUUAUGACCGAUCCCAAUGAGCCUCCGAAUAUCCUUCCGACAAACGCCCGAUCUACUAGUCACAGUGAUAUCUAUUGCUUGGGUUUGGGAAAGGCCCACAGCUCUCAAGACUAUUCUGUCUCCACAGCCCGCCGGAUGGUCUCUGGAACGCCUACGUGGCUGAGACCGGAUCGUCGGUUCAGCUAUCCGGGACACGGCCAGCUCGUCGACACGACCCCUCGGAAUCCUUCGAAUGCUUUUCGGGAGCCUUCGUCUGAGUCCACGGAUUCCUCUACCACUCAUAUGGACGUGGACCACGGGAUUUGCUUCCGGGUAUCGCAAGAUGAUCUCGGCUCGGCUCCAAACACCAACUGGAGCUCGCUGGGCCAUGAAGUCCAUCGAUGGUCAGAACUGAGUGACGUGGAUGGGGCGAGCCGUUACUCGAGUGAAUCCAUUGAAUCGAGAGCAAGCCGAUGUACCAAUGUGAGCAUUGAGGACUAUUCGGCGCUUUUGAACGCGUCUUCCUCCGGGAGUAUGUUUCACUCUUCCGCCGGGCGAGGGCCGGAGCCAGGGGCGACUCAGGACCUUCGAGAUAAUCGUAGUCAGGAAGGCGGAUCGCUCGGGUCAAGGUCUUUCUCACAUCCGUUCUAUCCGCUCGACCAGACGACCAGAGCAAUGGCCGGCUUUCAAGAACAGAGCGAAUUCUCUUUUGCGUCGGGUGCCUGCCUCGGAAAUCAAGGCUCGGAGGUGGAGGAAGAUCCACGACUGUUCAUGGUCCAGGAUGAACAUCAAGAAUUCUUCGACUUGCUCGAUUGGAACCCGCUUGGCAGCUUUCCAAACAAUCCCUCCUGA